AUGUCGUCCCAGAACACAUCCAACUCCUCCGGCUCCGGCUCGGCUUCCUCUGGCAAUACCGGCAGCGGAGGCUACACCACAACCAGCUCCGGUACCAACAGCCAGGGAAACCACUAUUGCUCCCGCGACUAUGGCUCCAGCGCCUCGAACCCCAACUCUUACCACUACUCCAACACCGAUGGCUCGUACUACUACAGCAACCCCAACGGCUCGACCUACUACAACGAUGGUCAGGGCGGCGCGAGGUACAACUCCGGCAAAUAG